AUGCUUCGACGAACUGAGCCCCUUUUCCAGUCACUGGGAACUUCACCAGACUGCCACAGCUCCUCAAAUAUCAUAGAAAGUGGCUUAGACAUUUCAUCCACCAGUCCCCUCAGAACAGGGGAGAAGGAGCCCACACACGCCGGUUUUGCCGCAUCUUUAACGCCGCCGCUCCGGACAGCCCACGCCCCCCCGCUCCUCCCGCGUAUCCCACGCCGGCUCCCGGUUCCGGGGCGGUCCCAGCGCGCGGCCCCGCCCCCGCGGCAGUCCCGGCGUGCCCCGCGCGCGAUGGCGGCGCCCGCGCUGUGCCGGCGCUGCGGGCGGCCGGCGGGGCUGUGGGGCCUGGCCCGGGCCCGGCUGCCGCCGCCGCCCCGCCGCCGGGCCCACGAGCAGGCGCGGCGGGCGCGGGGCGCGGCGGGGCUGCUGGCGGCGCAGUGCGAGCGCGGGCUGUUCCAGGAGGUGUUCCCGGCGCAGAGCGCGGAGGAGCAGCUGCCGGCGCUGCUGGAGCCGGGCCGGCCGCCGCUGGCCGCCUACUGCGGGUUCGACCCCACGGCGGACUCCCUGCACGUGGGGCACCUGCUGCCCGUCAUGGCGCUGCUGCACUUCCAGCGCGCGGGCCACGACGUCAUCGCCGUGGUGGGCGGGGCCACGGCGCGGCUCGGGGACCCCAGCGGGCGGGAGCGCGCGCGGGAGCCGCUGCCGGCCGGGCAGGUGCGCGCGCAGGCGCGGGCGCUGCGCGCGGGGCUGGCGCGGCUGUUCGGGAACCACCGGGAGCUGUUCUGGGAGCCGGGAGCCGGGCGGCUCGGCCGCGCCGCGCUGCUGGACAACGCCCGCUGGCUCGGCCGGGAGCCGCUGCUCCGCUUCCUCGGCGGCGCGGGCGGGCGCCUCCGCAUGGGCACGCUGCUGAGCCGGCAGAGCUGCCAGGCGCGGCUCCGCAGCGCCGAGGGCAUGAGCCUGGCCGAAUUCCUGUACCCCGCGCUGCAGGCGUACGACUUCCUGCACCUCCACCAGCACCACGGCUGCCGCAUCCAGCUGGGGGGCCACGACCAGAUGGGAAACAUCAUGUCCGGAUACGAGCUUGUCACCAAGAUGACAGGAACAGAUGUGUUUGGAAUUACUGUACCUCUUAUUACCAGUACUACUGGCGAUAAACUGGGAAAGACUGCUGGAAAUGCAGUUUGGCUGAACAGAGAUAAGACUUCUCCAUUUGAGCUGUAUCAGUUUUUUGUCAGACAGCAGGAUAACGUAGUUGAAAAAUACCUGAAAUUAUUCACCUUCCUUCCUCUUGAGGAGAUUGCCCACAUCAUGGAAAUGCAUGCUAAAGCACCUGAGAAAUGGGGCCCUCAGAAACGAUUGGCUGCAGAAGUAACUAAGCUUGUCCAUGGUAAAGAGGGGCUGGAAUCUGCUAAGAGGUGCACUAAGGCCCUUUAUCACAGCAGUGUGGAGGCACUGGAAGAAAUGUCUGACCAAGAGUUAGAGGAACUUUUCAGACAAGCUACUUCUGCUGAAUUGAUGCUUGAACCUGGGAUGACUGUUCUUGACUUGUGCCGCAAAGCAAAUGCCAUUCCAGACGGACCUAGUGGGUACCGGAAAAUUACAGAUGGAGGUGUUUCAAUAAAUGGGAAUCGUGUAACUGAUCCUGAGACUGUUCUUAUUCUUGGACAGCAUAUUCUGAAGAAUGGAGUAUCAUUACUUAGGGUUGGAAAGAAAAAUUACUACAUUAUAAAAUGGCUGCAGUUGUGACAACAGACUAUCUCCCUCAAAUGACGUCUAACUCUGCUGCUUGAAGAUGUACUUGAAAAUAUUUCUGUACUGUGCAGCUCACAGACUGACUUUUUCAAAAUGCGCCAGAGUGCAAAUAAAGGAGCUGAGUUACACCACUGAAGAGAUGGUGGAUACUCUGCCUUAUUCAAAGCACCAGUCAUAAGGAUCUGCCCAAGAAGAAAAUGAAAAGAUUAAUUUCAAAGUCCAGCAAUGGAGAUGUGCUUCCCCUCCUUUAACAGCCUUUGGUGUUGAACAGUUAUUCUACAGGAUAGCCCAGAGGAAAAUGAUCCAAAGCAAACUCAAACCCACUCCUUACAGCCAGUGUGUGCUCAUGUAACCAAGAAACCUUGCUGGGGGCAAAGACAACCACGGGCAUGUUUCUCUGAACAGGUUUGCUUUGAAAGAAGCUGCAGAAAAUUCAUAAUAAAGGAGUACAUGAUUAAUCA